UAUUCUCUCUCUAAAUUUAUACACUUUUACAGGGCGGCAACUCACUUCUCCCUCUAAAAGUCUCUAUAUUUCUCUGGAAUCACAAUAAAAUUCCUCAAUUUCCUAUUUUUAAGCGACCCUCUAAAAUUGAACCAAAAACACCAAAAACCCAGAAAAAAAAAAUCCAUUCUUUGCCACAUUUUUUUCACUCUAACAAAUAAAAACAAUUGCUUUCACUUUGAAGAACCCUUCGGGAAUAUUGAAAUUGAGAUUGAAGUAAAAGAAGAAAAACAAGAGAAAAGGGGAAUGGUAAAAAGUAUGUUAAAAGGAAGUAUUUCAAGGAUAGGGAGAUAUGCAAUUGCUUCAUCAAUUACAGAUCAAUGUAUAACAUGUACUACCUUCAAUAUCCUUGCUCCAAUCUACAAAAGGCUAAGUGAUGAUGAGCAACAGGAUGAUAUAGGCCGUGAAAGUGAUUAUAGGGCAUAUUGGCUUGCUAGAAAUCAAAGAAUAUUGGAUUGGUUGUUGUGUGAAAGAUCUACCAUCAUUUGUCUUCAGGAGUUUUGGGUUGGAAAUGAAGAACUUGUCAGUAUGUAUGAGAAGAGACUUGGUGAUGCUGGUUACAUCAAUUUCCAGCUUGCACGAACGAACAAUCGGGGAGAUGGUCUUCUUACUGCCGUACAUAAAGAUUAUUUCAGAGUUAUAAAUCACCGAGAUUUGUUACUCAAUGAUAUUGGAGAUCGUGUUGCGCAGCUACUACACGUUGAAUUAGUUAAUCCCUUGUUUCUAAAUCGAAGCAAAAAUGUUCGACAAGAGAUUCUUAUAGUGAACACACACUUGUUAUUUCCUCAUGAUUCAAGUCUUUGUCUUGUGAGAUUGCACCAGGUUUAUGAGAUCCUACAAAAUGUGGAAGCUUAUCAGAAAGAAUUUGAGUUGAAUCCUAUGCCUAUUCUACUUUGUGGGGACUGGAAUGGAAGCAAACGGGGACAUGUUUAUAAGUUUUUAAGAUCUCAAGGGUUUGUCUCGUCAUAUGACACUGCUCAUCAGUAUACGGAUGAUGAUGCACAUAAGUGGGUUAGCCACCGCAAUCACAGGGGAAACAUAUGUGGCGUUGAUUUCAUAUGGCUUCUGAAUCCAAAUAGAUACCGGAAGCUUCUCAAGACUAGCUGGAAUGAAACAGUAUUCAGCAUGUUCAAGUCACUACUUCGACGAGCUUCACUGACAGAAGAUUAUGCUUUCGCCUUUCUUAAGGCGGAUAGCGAGGGUGAUUAUAUAACUUACUCGGGUUUUUGUGAAGCACUUAGACAGCUAAAGUUAGCUGGCCACCGUUAUGGACUUAGUGAGGAAGAGAUGAAGGAUUUGUGGGUUCAGGCCGAUAUUGAUGGAAAUGGAGUGCUCGAUCAUUGUGAAUUCCAGCAAAGAAUCUGGUAUUCGGAAGACUUGGACGAUGGAAGUAUCCAUGAUAACGAUUGUCAUGACGAUGCAGUGCACGACAUGCAGCAAGCUAUCGGGUUUAGUGUGAAAAAUGCUGUUCUCUUUCCUACUCAAGUGGAGAAAGGGAUGUGGCCUGAAGACUAUUCAUUGUCUGAUCAUGCGCGGCUCACUGUUGUUUUUUCACCAGUACGAAUGCCAUGCUCUAAGCUUAUUUUCUGACAAAUAGCAGGUUUCAGCUAUAGAUUUUUGUGAGAUAAAUAGACAUGGAUGUAAGUAUCGACUAUCGAGAGAUGCUCGUCAACUUUCUGUUGGUGAUCGACUUUCCGAUUUGGAAGCAUCCGAGUUCAAAUCCAACGGUAUCGUGAUAGUAGACCUCUCUGUUCUAUGUGGAUUAGCUCGGAAUAUGAGUUAUUAUGAUUAGUGGAGUUCGUGGGCGUGUAAUUUGCUUUUUGUUGAGUGAACAGACCGAUUACAGGAGCGCUAAGCAAUGUUGUUAUAUAUUGCACGAUCCUGAUCGGAGAGACAGAUAUAAAGAUGGUCGCGUAAGCAAUGCAAUUAUUUAUUGCAUGAUCUUGAUCGGAGAUUCGGAGUUAUACUGUAAAUGUGUGUAUAUCCAGCGCAGUCAUUGUAAGAUUUUGUAGUUAGUGUGUAAAAGUCUUACCAUAUAAACUGCACCAAAAAUAAGGCAAUCCAUGAAGGAUGAAGAAUUCAAUUAUAGCCUAUCUUUGCACGUCUUUUGACAAAUCAUUUUAUCCCUCUUUUCGAUUUUAGAACAUUUGGCUGUUCAUCAAAUUUGCAAUAUUUCUAUUUUUGGAUCA